AUGAGUCAGGAAAAGCCAACAAAGAAACAGGAUGAGCCACAACCACAGCCCAUCAAAUACGGCGACGUUUUCCAGGUCUCCGGCAAGCUCGCCGGAAAACCCAUCGCCCCAGCCGACGCCGCCAUGAUGCAGGCAGCCGAGACCACCAUGUUCGGACAAACCCAUAAGGGCGGCCCCGCCUCCGUCAUGCAGGCUGCCGCCACCCGCAACGAGAGGGCCGGCCUCGUCGGCCACCGGGAAGCCUCCGAUUUUGCCGCCAAGGAAGGCGUGACGGUUUCCGAAACCGAUCUCUCGGGCACUCGCAUAGUCACUGAAUCUGUUGCUGGACAGGUUGUGGGGCAGUACGUGGAGACAAAACCUUUGCCGAAGGCAAAGGUAACCAUAGGAGAAGCCUUAGAGGCAGCUGCCCGAGUAGCCGGAGAUAAGCCGGUCGACCAGAGUGAUGCCGCCGCUAUUACGGCGGCAGAAUGCCGAGCGACGGGUUCGAAUUUGGUCUCUCCUGGCGGGCUUGCCGCCACGGCCCAGUCGGCCGCUGCCUUCAACACCGGUUUGAUUGGGGACCAAGGCAAAGUGAAGCUCGCCGAGAUCUUAUCAGGGGCUAGGAAGAAACUUGGGGCGGACAAGGUGGCUACCCGUGAAGAUGCGGAGGGUAUUACGGCUGCAGAGUUGAGGAAUGAUCCGAAUGUGGCAGUGCGGCCUGGCGGCGUAGCGGCAGCAGUCGCUGAGGCGGUGAAGAUGAACGAGGAGAAGGGUUUAGCGGUCAAGUAA